AUGACUGACGAAUUAUUUCUCAGCGUGUUCACGUGUACUCUCCAUCAAUUCACACACUCGUCUCCUCGAAAUCCCUUUCUUAAGACCUCACACCUACGGCCCACUAAUGUCACUUCUCUGAACCAACGUAGCAUACGAUAUGUUGUAUAUGUGCGGUUGAGAUGCCGGUCCGCAAGAAGCAUGGACCUUAUGAUAUUAUCGCAGAUGACCUCUACGACUGCCGCAUUCCGCUUCACAACGAGCUUGCCUAUCAGCACGGUAUACAUUUCGAAGCCAAGUCGUUUUGGAGAGUACGUGGGUAGCAUGGAAAUCCCACGGCCUGGCACGCGAAUCGAAAUCGUCGCCGCUAUGCGACGAGUUAGGUACGAGUUCAAAGCCCGGGGCAUUAAAAAGCGACCGGUGGACAUCACUGUCUCCGUGGAUGGUGUCAAAGUUGUGCUACAAAGAAAAAAGCAAAAGCAAAAAGGUCUCUCAUGGGACGAGUCGAAACUGCUUGUGAUGUUUCAUCCCAUUUAUAGGAUAUUCUACGUGUCGCACGAUUCCCAAGAUCUUCAAAUCUUCUCUUAUAUAGCACGUGAUGGCGCUAGCAACACCUUCAAGUGCAAUGUAUUUAAAUGUUCAAAAAAGAGCCAAGCGAUGCGGGUGGUCCGUACCAUAGGACAAGCAUUUGAGGUAUGUCACAAAGUGGCACAAGAACAAAUGCUGGAAAAACAUGAAGAUGAAGCUGUCAAAAGCAAAGCUUCUCUGGCCAGCGAAGACGAAGCGGGUGUUCCUUUAGACGUGAUUGAAGAACGUGGUGCGGCUGAAGAAAGUAGUAGGAGUCAGAGUCCGGCCGAACCUUCCACGGGAGGUCCGUUGUACGGAAGACGAAUGUCACUGUUCCAACCAAGAAAGGCCUCAUCGGCUAGCUCUUCCGUUGGUACAGCCAUUGAUACUACUCAAGUACAAAAUGUCGAACCACCGCCAAUGAAACAAGACACGACAUCUGUCAAUCCGAACAAUCCGCUCCUCCAUCAGCAGUCCCUGCAACAACAACAACAAGUGCAGCAACAAGUACAGCAACAGCCGCAACAACAACUUAGUCAAACGAUUUCGAAAAUAUCGGCGGUAAUGCCAGCGCCACAGCAGACAGGUGGGAUGCCUAUCCCAAUGCAGUUCAGCGGCCUACCGAUUUCACCAACGGGUAUCACUUUUCCUACGGGAACCUAUCCAGGAUCGUCAGUGCCGUCCGUGAUGGAAGGUAUACAAGCGCAGCAACAGCAACAGCAACAGGUAGGACAGAAUCCUUCGGUUUACACCUCAUCCUCGACAUUACCGCAUGCUCGAACGUGGAGUGCUGCGCCACCACCUGCUAUUUCAACUUUUACAGGGGUGCCACCAUCAACAUCACUUGAAGGACAUCCACAAAUGUAUUAUCCCGUACAACAACUGGUAUCAAGCUCUGCCUCACUACCAUACGGAUUGUCGUCUCCUGUAAUGGUGUCACCGUAUGCGACGUUGCAACUGAAUAUUCCACCAGUAGAUUUGAACAAUCCAGAUAACGCGGCAACGCUGACUAGAUCUUUGGAUCAGUACAACCAACAGUUGAUACGAUCUCAAUUGGACCAAGCUCAACAGUCAGCACAAGUGGCCGGUUGUCAGGUCCAAUUGCUGAGGGAUCAGUUGACGAGUGAAACUACAGCCAGGAUUGAGGCACAGUCUCGAACCCACCAACUUUUGAAUGCGAAUCGCGAACUCCUAGAACAAGUUCAGUGCCUCGUGCAGCGACUGCAGCAACUAGAAACGAAGAUCACGAGUGAGAUCCAGCAAAGCGUACAGUCUCCCCCUGGACCACACGCCUCAACAUCUCCUCUUCCGCAUCGGCCUCCAGUCUAUAUGUCCUAUCAUGAGCAGUAUGAUGCACGUUUGCCUGCUGGAUCGCAACCGCGUCAGAACUUGCCGUAUCAGGUUCAACCAUUAGCGGACCUAAGGGCCGGGUCGCUACCACCGAAAGAUUCAAGGGAAAAACGAUCCAAAGAUGAUGGUGCAAAAACGGAGCCGGAAAGUAACAAUGAGGACACAACCGAUUACUCCAGUAGCGACCAGUACGAGAAAUCGUCAACGGUGAUAAAAUCGAAUUUACCUCCACACUACAAUGUACUGAUGGCAAAUCCGCUAGUUGACAUUAACGUUCCGCCGAGUAUAUCCGAGAUACGAGAUCAGCCACGAGGAGAAAGAGAUGUAAGGGAAUUACGUGGUGGUGAACGUAAGGAAGACGACGAUUCGCAACCAGGAACGUCAUCUUCACCACAGCAGAAGAGAAGCAUUCGAGCUGGCGGCAUAUUACGUGGAGAGCUCGAUUUCUCGCGCAUGUCGUUUAAUCCAAGGUUACAACAACCUCUGUUCUCGAAAGAACUCGAUGAACGUAUAGAGGAGGAGGAUCGCAUUGAGGCGACGUCUGUGAAGAAGAAAUUGGAGGACGAUCGAAGAGAUGAACGGCAGAAGUCGGCAGCUUCUGCGAAUCGGACAGAGCCGGGUCAAGCACCGACGUACUCGGCGAACGCUGUAGUUCCUGGCGAACCGGCUAGUUCAAGCCUUGUUACGGCUAUGUAUCCUCCUAUUCGACGGCCAGUGAUCACCGUAGUCAAUCGGCCAAAGCUCGACGUAGUGCGAAAGAAAACUCUACGAACUUUGUCGGUAGAAAUGGGUGACGACAUGGAGGAGAACAAAAAUCGGGCAGCGCAGACAAAGCGGAAAGGAGCAGAGGUGACGAGUAUUGAGGACUACCUGAAUCGAAAUGUCGAUCGUCCCAAUCCCGGUGAUACGGCGGCGUUAAUGUCACGGUUAACACGUCAAGACGACGGAAAGUUGCCGAAUUUACCGAACGGUUAUCCUUAG